UGCAGUGGUGAUCGCAACAUUGCUCAGCAAGCUAUAGUGGCAUACCAGCAACAGAUCGGACCCAACUCUUCCAGACAGUCGAAGGCGCACGUUCCUGUAGUUCCUAGCGUCGCCACCACCUGCAACACCAUGAGAUUUGGGUCUUAUCGGAUCUGCUCAGGGUUAUUCAAGUCAACAUUGCUAAAGCUUCAGGAAAAGAACCAUAGAGUAUUGUUAUUUGGGAACCAGCAACCAUGCUUCUACACACCUGGCUAAAUGCAAUACGCUCAAUUUCAACGACAUCACAGAGGUACAAUUUUAAGACAUCGGCCAUUUCAGUUCGAGUUCGAAGCCGUUAACAGGAAACUUACACAUGGCUCCGUAACACUGCGUUGCUGCGUAACAAGAGCAACUGUUACUCACGUGGAUCAAGAUGUGAUGUAGUGAGAGAACGCCUGAAGGCUAGGUAUCACACAUAGCACGCGUCGAGAGGGAAGCAGAGCUCGUAGGAGCUGGUGAAACAGUAUGGAUCGCAGUUGGAGCUAGCGUGUGCCACUGCAGGGGGCAACCAGUGACAUGGCGUCCACCAUCCCCUCAACAAUACUUAAACAAAUGAGAAGCGUCGAGCAUGUUGGAAUGUAUGCAAUUUGCAAUAUGUAAUAUCGUUGGUUCGUGUGUACUUGAGAAGAAGUGUGAACAAGUGUACUGGAACUUUUUAAAACAAAUCGAAAUACUAAAAAUUGUGUCGUGUGGCCUAUAACACGUGAUAUGUAUAAUAUUCGGCGUUUUAAAGAAUAAUAAUGAAGCAUGUUUUAAAACAUUUACUUCAAUUAAUGGCGUGUGCAAAUGGCUUUUAAAUUGACAAGACAGGUUUUUCUUCCUUAUAAAGAACAUAUUUCGUGGAGAUAUCAUUGUAAUGCUGUGCGAAUGGUCAAACAAAGAACAGGAGUAUGUUUCUCGUUACAUGUCACAGUUUUGUUGUUUUUAACUUGAAUAAUUGUGAUGCUGAAAACUAGGUUUCGAACGUUCAGACUUCCCUUCACGUUCAGCAGAACAAAAUGCAAGAUUUCACACCGGUGACGUCCCUUUAGACGCUCUGUUCAAUUUGGUAAAUAUGCCACAUUUUAGCAUUUCGAUCCGUGCCGACAAAAAUUGAAAUAUAUGAGUAAAAUAUCUAUCCGUUUUACUAACGAGUUUUCUGAAUCAAUUGAGGAGACUUUCUUAAAGUUUUACAUCCCUCGGGUUGUAUAUCAGAUGUGCGAGAUAAGUUUGUGACGAAUCUAGCACAAAUGUUUAACUACUGAGCACGAAAAUAAGAUAGGUUUGAAAGAUUGUCAAAAAUUUUAAUUUAAUUAGUUUGACAGAAACACGUGUGGGACAGCAACUUGAAAUGAACAGACAUUAGUUUCAAAGAUUUUUCAUAAUGCAGACGUGAAUUAUAAUAAAAUCACGUAAAAGUAGUAUACAUUCUUAUUUAUCUUUAAAACUAUGAAGACUUAAGACACGAAUGUAGAUAGGACAUGAUUGAAAGGUGAGGACAGUAACUUAAAUUUCUUAAUCAUAAAUGAAUACGUUUUAGCUUCGAACAACUUCCCGUUGUCAGUGAUCUUACGGUUUAAACAUAUUUAUAAAAUCUGACGUGUGCUACAAACAUCACAGAAGUGAGUGUUCAGACAAAACUGAAACACAAACCUGUGCUGUGGCUCUGACAUCGACCAGCCAGAGAGACAAACUUGGUAUUGCUGUGUCCCGGGUUCGAAUCUGCCCGUCACCACGUUGUCUCCGCCAGGUCUGGACCUCUCUAUGUCGGCCGCCGUGCAGGGGCCUCCCCCAGGGUUGCCGCCUCACGGUCUGCCGCCUCCUGGGCCAGCCAUGGCGGCUUUAGUCGGAGGCCCUCCUCCACUUCAGCAUUUGGGGAGCAGGCCGCCACCACCACCGCCUCCGCCACAUCUACAUCGUCCCUUAGAUCCUGGAGAGGUGAGCGGGCCUCCAAACCCUGACGUUCUGCUCGCAUUGCUCUCUCGUAACAAGAGCCUAGAAGCCAGCAUCCCCAAGUGCGGUGGUUGCCAGGAAUUGAUUCUGGACCGCUUUAUCCUGAAGGUGCUAGACCGAACGUGGCACGCUAAGUGCCUAAAGUGCAGUGAGUGUAGCGGACAGCUCAGCGACAAGUGUUUCGCCCGCAAUGGUCAGGUUUUCUGCAAGGAGGACUUCUUCAAGCGGUACGGGACGAAGUGUGCGGGCUGCGAGCAGGGGAUUCCCCCCACUCAGGUGGUCCGGAGAGCCCAGGACAAUGUGUACCACCUGCAGUGUUUUGCCUGCGUCAUGUGCAGCCGGCAACUCAACACGGGUGACGAGUUCUAUCUUAUGGAGGACCGGAAACUGGUCUGCAAGCCCGACUACGAGGCAGCCAAGACUAAAGACGGGGGUUGUCUGGAUGGGGAUCAGCCCAACAAAAGACCACGCACAACCAUCACAGCCAAGCAGCUGGAGACGUUGAAACUGGCCUAUAACAACAGCCCGAAGCCCGCAAGACAUGUGCGAGAACAGCUCAGUCAGGACACGGGGCUGGACAUGAGGGUUGUACAAGUGUGGUUCCAGAACAGAAGAGCUAAGGAGAAGCGGUUGAAGAAGGAUGCCGGACGAACACGCUGGAGCCAAUACUUCCGUUCCAUGAAAGGAGGCUCGUCACCACGUCACGAGAAAUUGCACGACAAAGACGAUAAGAUGGACCUCGAGUCCAACUUCAGCCACACGCACGACCUCAAUAGCAAUGAUAGCUACGGGACGGUGGUAAACCUAGGACUGGAGCAAGACGGGUCGUCACCCCACAGCGCGGGGAGUCGCGCCCCGCACUUCACUCUGCAUGGGGGACCAGCCACGCCACCUUAUCUGUCAUCCAGUCAUUCACCAACUCCGCCCCACCCCGCCCUAGGACCCAACUUCCCUUACUCCACAGGAGAAGGGCUCGCGGUCUACACAACCCUAGGUCAGGGGCCCCCUCCCGGGGCCCACCUGCCCCCUGGACAUCCAAGCCUGACCAGUGGACCAGCUUCUGACCUCAGCAACAGCAGCAGCACCCACGGCUACCCUGAUUUCCCACCCAGCCCUGAUUCUUGGCUGGGUGAGGUCAGUACCUCAUCUGGGCCCCAAGCGAGUGGUGCAGCCCCCCAGUACUGACCCCGCCACCUCUCAUAGCAGAGGAUGAACUAGUUCCUCAAGACGAGGUUAAAAGGUGGAGCUAUAAGACAGCGUCACUCUAGUCAUGUGCAAUCAGAGAGUUCGGGUCGCAAAUAUAAGAAUCUGUCUUACCGCUGCCUCUUGGAGGAUCUGGGAUCUCUCUCCUGUAUCAAUCUCGGAACAUGUUUCAUUCUUCAGUGUUUUGUUUUCUGAUACAUCUUCAUAUGUACAUAAAAGUACUCCGUUACUGAAUAAACAGUCAAAACCUUGCCGAGUGAAACGCUUAAAGAAAGGAAAACAUCUUCAUUAAACAUCAAAGUAUAGUGUGUUUACUGAUAAACCAGAAUAAAACUGUCACUUCAGGCUCUCAGCACAAACUGCAUGACUCACUGCCAAGCGCUAUAAGAUUUUUCCUGAUACGAAUCAAGUAUCACUUCAUACAAACAAUAAUUAAACAUAAGUUCUGGUAAAAAUUGAUGAACUAAAAGGCUAUCUAAGUGAAAACAGAUAAUGUGCAUCUGCUGGUUAAAUGUCGAUUGUGGUCUUCUGGAUUGUGAUGUCACGUAAUCUUGCUGUGUUAUUUCCAACCCUGAAGAUGGAGGUGAUAUAUUUCUCUAUACCUAUAAGACUACAUGGCAUCACAAUCCAAAUGACCACAAUUAACAUCUUCACAGGAAAACAUGAAGUAUCAGAUAUCUGGUUUAGCGGCGACAAAUGAUAGUUCAGUUUGUAAUUUUGUGGUCGGACCUCGUGGUAUUUUCUGUGUCAUAAAUGUCUAAAUGAUUUCUUGAAAACAGAAAAUUUACUAUUAAAUCCCAUGUAAAUAAUCAAAUAUAUAUUAUAAUAAAUAUAAAGCGAAGAUAAGAAAGGCGCUCCACAUAGACUUCUAUUCUAACGUAUUCUGAGGAGUUCCUCAAAGGACAAAGUGCUGUAUGCCAUUUUUCCAUCAGUACACAAGACUGGGUAUUCAGAAUUUUAAAAUCAAUUUUGUAUUUGAUAAUACACAGAUGCUCAUAAUACUGCCUGAAAUGGAUACGAUAGACAAACAUUUGUUUAGAAUCCGAACUAUAUGUGGAAGGACUUAGGGGCCUUUACCAAGUCUUCUCUUGUUUGUUAACCAGCUCCUCAGUCAUAGGGAGAUCCCAGUGCCACCAAGUGGGGGUUGUGAGAACUAUAGUGAUGAGUCUUCUCUGUUAUAUUUGUCAAGGGCUCAGAUGAAAAAAACAAACAAAAGAAACAACUGAUGUGGUGUCAUGUCCUGUGUUACGAUCACAUUUUCUCUUAAAUUAUUGCCGUGUGUGACAAGUUCUGGUAGAUGUUUUCAUUACUAUUUUAAGAAGAAAGAAUAAUUUCAAGAUUAGGAAGUUUGUUGGCUUCUUGGUUAUAUAUUACAUUAUAACGACACGACUGUGGUACCAGAGACUGAGUGUAGGUGUUCAAUCAGACCGUUGCACAUAUUGUUACUUUAUGAGAUGUACUGCAUUGAUAUACGAGCUAGUAUUGUCCAUGUAAUAUUUACAUAUUCACUUUGGAGGAAGUGAAUUAUGUAACUGAUUUCAAACUUUCAUGACAAUUCAUUAAUAGGUUACUGCUUCCCACUCAUCAUCACCAACCCCUGACGACACUGGGUCUUUUCACAUCCCACACCGAUCAUCCACUAAUCUCUUAAAAGGACUGGUAUUGCUUUUUCUUUCUACUGUCUCAGCCAUAAUUUGGCCCUAUAUAGGGGAUAAUACCUCGGUUAUCCAGUCCUUAUCCAGUCGCUUUACUGACUGAGCAACCCGAUGGUGGCAGAGGAUUUUACCUCUAGCCUCUGCAUCCAGACUGGCUCUGGGGCACACCCAACCUCCUAU